AUGAAACGUGUUGAUGUUAAAUUUCAUUUUUGGCUUGAAGUAGGAUCGACAAAUUGGCAAUAUACUUCUUUAAUGGGGCAAGAUAAAUUAAUUGUACUUCAGCAUUUUGAUUUAACUAAACUUUUUCCAAAUUCACGAGCAACUCAAAUCCGAAAUUUGUGGGAUAAUUUUUAUUUACUUCAUAAAGCAAUGAAAGAUCAAAAAACUGAUGCGAACCAAUUUUCUGAUGAUGCACGUGCAUGGUUACACCAAUUUUUAGAUUCUAAUUAUUUUUAUCAAGCGGGUGAUAUUACACCUUAUAUGCAUGUAUUAGUUUAUCACGUUCCAGAAAUGAUGCGUAUUCAUCAAAAAUUUGAUGGUGGUGUCAGAAAAGGAAGAAAAUCUGCAAUUGUAAAUAUUCUUGAAUACGAAAAUAGAGUUUUAUAUUUUAAUAAUCAUAAUAUGGUUGAUUUAAUUCGAUUAUCAAAACGUUUGCGUAUCAAGUAG